AUGCGGUCCUCACGUCGGUUGCAUGCUAUGAUUGGGAAAGCUCGCCGUGUGAGCGACGUUAAGUCUCGAAUACUCGAUGCUGAUGGCAAAGAAUUCGAGGAGAUCUGUCGUGACCUGCUCUCGUUGGGCUCAACCCUUCCCGCAGACCUCCUAAGCGCUGCCGGCAGGGCUGUUGCUUCUACCAAGCUAAGUAUCCACCCACAGACCGUUGACUCUCUUUGCUCGGCAGCCACUGAGUGUCUCGAAUCAACAGACGAGAUAGCUCCGGUCGACCUAGUGGGAGCCCUUGUGUCGGUGGCGGCGGCUUGUAAGCCCAGCCAACCCUCCAUAAGAGGCCUUGUAGGAGGGUUAAAGGGUCGCAUACGAACUACGGUCCCUCAUAUGACCCAACAGGAUCUCCAGCGGGCCAUAGCUGCUCUCUGUAAAUUGAAAGAGCCUUCAGGAGUGGAAGUUCAACUGCUGCUAGAUCGCUUAAACGGUGAGCUUGACAUGCUGAGCGACUUCGCCUUGGCAUCCCUAGCUCGAACCAUCGCUGGCUCGGGAUGGAAGGUCGAUGGUGAUUUCGCCAAGUCACUAGCUAGUACAUGGAGACGGCGGGUCGAUGGCCAGCGUGGGCUCAAGGCCAGCGUUAAUGCCGCAGUCGUCUUUGCUGUCGGCAAGGUAGCGGCUAAAGACGUCGCUGUUGGAGUAUUACGGCAUGCCAAUACCAGCCUCGAUUACUCGGCAUUCACUUUCACUGAGCUCUCACAGAUCCUUUGGGUCUAUGCUAACAACAACUUCCCUCCGAGUGAGAGCCUGUGGAAGGCGCUUCUCAGUACUGUCUCAGUGGAUGGGGUCGCAACUUGCGCUACACAAACGAUUGGAUACGCCUUCUGGGCCGCCGGUGUGCUAUCUCAAAAGGGCCAUACGAGCCUCCUAGCGUCAGAGUUUACUCGGCAAAUGGCCCAAUGUGUCGUCGCUAGCGGGGUGAGAGCUUUCCAGCCGUCUAGCGUGAGCUAUAUGAUUUGGGCGGUCUCUUUGGGUGGCACUGGAAACAGCGACUGCGCGAAGGACUUUUGUAAGCACAUACUUGACGAUAAUUCCACAAUAGAAGCUGUAGGGAAGUUUAAGUCGUUGGAGCUGGCUAACACAUUGGCUGCAGUUUGCUCCCUCGGGCUCAGAGACAGUCUACCGCAAUUCAUUACCGUUGCCUGCCAGUACUUUGGGCAUGCGGCCAAGACAGCUCCUGGGACCGCGGCUAACGGUCGGGCUUUUACCCAGGUGGCUUGGACCAUGGUCCCAGAGGGUGGUCCUGAGAUGGAUGCUAUCAUUGCGUGGUUCACAGCCAAUACUGAGGCGGUUGGCAUCCGGUCAUUGUGUAGAAUGUUAUGGGCAGUGUCAAAAUGUAAUGGUCUCACGGAAGCCUCUGUUGGACAGUCCGCAUCAGUGGUGUCCUUCGUUUGCGCUGCAUCCAAGAGAUUCCUAAGUAGUCGUGGCGAACGUAUAGAGCAGCAGGACGUUGGCCUUUUGGUGUGGGCUUUGGGUACACUACGAUUAUCCCAUUACGAGUUGGAGGAGAGAUGUUGUGUAUUGGCAAGAGGCAUGUUGAAGGAGGGUCGGAUCGACAGCCGUCAUCUGGCGAUGGUCCUCUGGGGUAUCACAUCUAAUGCACAUCGAUCACCCUCUGCCAUCGAUCUAAUUAAGGGAACUAUCUCGGCACUACGAGAUCGUAGUAUAUCCUUUGACGUUGCCGAUGUCGCUAUUGUCCUCUGGGCCAUGGCUGCUGCAGACACCUACGACCAGUCCGUCUUUCGGGACCUCCUGAGCAUCCUUGCUUCCAAGUCUAACGAGCUAUCCGCUGGAGAGAGGAAGGCCAGCCUAAGUAAGGUCCAUAGGGCCUACCUCUGGGCUAGACUUGGCUAUGGCUUCCAACAUUCACCACAGAAUGGCCAUCUCAUUGCAGAGGUCCUUGAAGAAGCACAGAGGGCCAGCGUGGAUGCUAGAGGAGCCCUUCAAACUGAGGUCUGUCAGACCUUGAACAAGGCGCUGUCCCGCUCACCCCGGUCCUCUAGUAUGCACUUGCUGUCGGAGGUGGACCUAGCACCGGAGCUGCCGGGAUUAUCAGUGGAUGCAGCUGUUGUAGACGGCCGUACCGGCUCCCGACGCCUCCUGGUAGAAGUAGACGGACCGCAUCACUACGUUGAUGUCCUUGGUGAAUCGGCCGUGACCAGACGACAGUACAACGGCCAGAGUGUUCUGAAACAACACCUCAUCGCUCAAGCUGGUUUCAGGCUGCUCAGCGUUGAGGACGAGAAAUGGCGUAGUCUGGACCGAUCGGCAAAAUACGAGUUCAUACAGCAUGAAGUGUCGGAGGUCCUCAGCGGCUCGGCUGAGCUGUUUCCGGGAUAA